AUGCAUAUGAAAUUACAAGCUCCUCAACCCCAGCCAAUCAUACACUAGCGUGUUAUCCUGGUACCCUACCCCACUAAAAUUAACAAAAAAGUUCCCGACCACUUUUUCCUCGAUUUCUCGAUAUUAGUACCAAAAUAUCCAAAAGUCCUCUUUUUGGAUUCAUCACCAACUACACCCAAUCUUACCGCAAAGAUGGGUCUCUCUGCCCCCAAGAAGUGUGUUCUCCUUCUUUUUACCUAAUCAUCAAUUGAUAUCUAUAAUUCACAAACUAACUAACAUUCCUCUAGCAAAAUCAAACUUUCUCACGACCCUAAUAAUACUAAAUGGUCUGGCAAUACAGACAGUUUCGGCCAUCGCAUGAUGAAAUCGCAGGGCUGGACACCUGGCGAGUAUCUUGGUGCGAAGGAUGCCGCGCACGCCGAAUUUCAUACCGCUGCAAAUGCGUCACAUAUUCGUGUGGUGAUUAAAGAUAAUAAUUUAGGAUUGGGUGCGAAAAUAGGAAGUGGAGUGGGCCACGGGGAAUGUACAGGUUUGGACGUCUUUCAAAAUUUACUGGGGAGAUUAAAUGGAAGGGAAGAGGCGGAGAUAGAAAAGGAACAGAAAGGGAGGGAGGAUUUGAAAAGGGCCAUUUAUGCGGAGAGGAAGUGGGGGAGUAUUAGAUUUGUGAAGGGAGGUGUGUUGGUUGGUGAUAAGAUUCAGGAUUUAAUCGAUGGGGAAAAGGAGAGAGUUAAGGCUUUGGAGAAGGGGAAGGCAGCAGAGAGUAGUAGCGAGGAGAGUGAUUCUACUUCAGAUGAGGAAGAAGAGGAGAAAUCCCCGGAACCUGUUUCCGAAAAGAAGAAGUCAUCGAAACGAAAGAGAGAGGAGCAGGAAGAGGAAGAGAAGACAUCCAGCAAGAAAAGCAAAAAGGACAAGAAGAGAAAGAAGAGGAAGAGUGAGGAUGAAGACGACAAAGACAAAAGUGAGUUGAAAAAGUCGAAAAAAUCUAAGAAGGAUCGCAAAUCGAAGUCGAAAUCUAUUUCCGAAUCAGAAACCGAAACCCUAGACGAGGCCGCUAUUAAAGCACGCAAGAAGGAAAAGAAAGAGAAGAAACGGAGAGAAAAAGAAGCAGCGACAGCAGGAACAGAUAUUGAAGAAACAACCUCUACCUCUAAAUCAUCCAAAAAGAAAUCCAAGAAAGAUAAACACAAAUCAUCCUCCACAUCCGAGUCCUCCACCAAAGAAAGCACACCCGCAGUCACAGAAAGUAGCGGAAGACCAACGCCGAUGGGUAUACGUUCGAUAAGAGCUCGACAUAUUGCACAGAAGAGGAUGGCUAGUAUGGAUGUAGCGAGUUUGAACCAGGUUCGUAUUUCCAUUGUCUUUUUCUUCCGGAUUCAUUCCAUUUUAUACACAGAGUGGUGAUACUAAUCCUUCAAUAGAUUUUCAUGAUUAAGUCGCAGGUGUAAUAAAAAGCAUAGAGGAUAGACUACCUACUAGACAUGGACGAGAUAGAUGGAAGGUGUAGUAGAGGAAUUGAAUUGAGUAGAAGUGAAGGCAAGGCGAAGCAAAGUUGUAAAUAUACCAAUUUGUUUAAGAAUAGUUUUGUGUAGGUGGAAGAGUAGGAGCGGAUAGAUAUAGUGAUAAACUACUCGGUAUUAUCUAUCUAUACAGACCAUUAGAGCCAUGACAGGAUAGUUAACACAACAUCAAAAUUCUACAUACAACGUUGAUAUAAGAUGUA